AACACUCUCUGACCUGGCUGUAGGAGAACCAGAGACUCCAGCCACCCUCUCUCCUUGACACCACUACCAUGAACACCUUCCUGCUGUCUGCAUUCUGCCUCCUGGGAGCCUGGGCUUCCAUGGCAGAGGGGGUCAUUGUGCAGGAUGGAGAUUUCUCCUUUCCUUUGGAGUCAGUGAAGAAACUCAAAGACCUCCGGGAGCUCCAGGAGCCCAGAGCUGGGAAACUCAGGAAGCUUGAACCCACGCCUGGUGAAUCUGUGGUCCCCGAAGUGUGUAACAACCCGAUGUUUCCGGAAGAACUCAAACCUCUGUGCAAGGAGCCAAACGCUGAGGAGAUACUUCAGAGAUUGGAGGGCAUCGCUGAGGACCCGAGCACAUGUGAGAUCUGUGCCUACGCUGCCUGUGCCGGAUGCUAGGAUGACUUGCUUGCUGCCUUCUUCCCCACCCCACCUCAGGGAAGCGCCUUCUCCUGCUGGGGGGCGGGGGCUUCCCACUAUACUCCCAGUCCCAGCUCAACCCUACCCUGGCCCAGAAUGGAGGAGUGAGGAAAGGACAGCCGGGGGAGGGGCUGGGUGACCGGAGGCCCGAUCCUUAACA